ACAAGACCAUCACUAAUUAUAGUACUUGCAGCAUGUUUUAUUAUUUUCUAUCAUCUUCUCGCAAUAAGAAAGAAACAUUUUCCCUCUGAUCAGUUCCCUCAGAUUGUGUUGUAUUGUACUGUCCUCGCCUUUUAAGUCUCUAAUUUUUGGGAUUAGGCCGCCAGGAACCCGGCUGGAACGUGUUGGCGGUGCUGGUGGGUUCCUCACUGAUCUCUUGCUUGCCAAAGCUGGUGGCAGCAGCAUGGCCCUUAGCCACCGUUCUGGAAGGCGUCGCCACCAGACCUUCUUCGUAUUCCUUCGCUUUGAGCUCUGCUGAGGAGUGCGGAGGCAAGAGAUGGGCACCAAUGGGCACAUUGUAAUGGCCAGCCUUUAUGAAGAUGAAGCGAUCGGAUAAGCAUCAGUGAUACCAGGGAAGCCAGGUACCAAUCCAGACUCUCCCUCUUUUCUCUCCCUUACUAUCCUUCCAAUCUCUUCAACUGGGGGGGGAACAUAAGGGAUGUGUGAGGCCUGUAACCAUGGUUACCCAUUAGCUGUGAGCCUUGUGACGCAAAAAGAGGUUUACAGGGAAAAGGCCAGCCGAUGUUUGGCAUCUAAAAGGCCGAGCUUAAGCGUAAAAGUAAGCCCAUUUUAAAAAUAAAAUCAGUCUGUCCCUGCUGAAGCCGCCCAGGCUCGAGCAGAAAGGAGAAUAAUUCAUAUAAAGGAACGCUGAUUUCCCCCGAGUGCGACUUUUAACUAAACGCAGGCACACUUGCAGGGAGGAGGGAUACCCGCUCACUUAAGACGACCACCAGUCCUCAGGAAGUCAGUGUCCUUUUGUGUAAGCCCCACUUCCCCUCCUCUCUUGUGUGUGUGAUGUCCACACAGCGAGCUGUCCACCCCUUUCUAUUCACCUCCAUCAUCCAGCUCCCUUCCGUUGUACCUUCAGAACCCCCCGCCUCCAUUAACCUGCCUCCACCUUCUCCCUCUCUCCCGUCUGCCCGUUCCACCCACUCAUUUCACCCGCUUUCUGUCAAAAAAGCCUCCUUUCACUUCCACUCUCACCAUUCUUCUCCCCAUCCGCUCUAUAAUUUCACCCCGUAUGUCAGCAACCCCCCUGUUCUUUGUCACUCACUUUUUUUUUUUUUUUUUUACACCCCAUCUUCCCUUUUCUCCACCCUCAGCCCGCCCGCCUUAUCGCUGCCUCUCCCUGUCUGCUUCAUUAAAAUAUUCAAAAAAAGUGGCGAGGGCCGUCUGCUCAUGCGCCUCAUGUGCCAGUCGGACGUUCAUGUCAGGGAGCCCCUUCGGGUGUCGCUAAAUAUCUCAACCUGUCUGAAAAUUAACUCCACAAGCACAUUUUGCUUUUUCUUUGGCCUUUUUUUGACGUUCCCCACAGAAGAAUAUGAGUGAUGGCAAUGAGUCGCAUAACAAUGACUGUAAAUGCCCCAAUUAUAGUCAGGGUGUUGGCUACCUGGACGGGGCGUUAAUUGGAAGAAGGCGAUAAAUGGAUUACUACUCAAUAGUAAUGAUUUGGAGUGCCUGAGAAAGUGGAAAGGAAAACAUAGCUCUCUUUGACCAUGUGGCCAUUUAUUAACAAGUAUAUUGCUCAGCACAGCAGCAACAGAACCAAUGUCGUAACGGAGAUAACGAGCAAACUGCUGAGCCGGCAUUAAUACCACUAAUGCCUUAAUUGGAAACAACAGUGCGGCAAAUGUAACACGCUUGAGUUUCACAGCAACAGCGUAGCGCGCCCAACUCUUUAAAGCACAUGCAGAGGUAGAUAAAGGUCACAGCAGCUAUUACCACCUUGUGGAGUUAAUUAAAAAAAACUACAUCAGGAGUUUGCCUACAGCCACAGCAGUUAAUGCCAGUGUUUUAUGACUUGGUGCCGAUUUGAGACCCCACUUUGCCUUUGUAGACCACGCGCCCAGCGACUAUAGAUGGCUCUGCCUUUAAUUGGCGCAUUUACUGUACACUUCUUAAUUCCAUCAUUACCUGCAGAGCAGGGGUCCCCAACCACCAGGCCGCAGAGAUGCAUUUAUGCAAUAUUAUAUUGAUUAUUUCCAUCAUAAAGUCACCCAAAUAUCAGCAACAGCUGCCAGUAUGACACAGUGACGUGCUACAACCACAGAAAUACACAUGCCGUUACAUUAAUACCUCUCUGACAGUGCCAAUCAAAAGCAGAGCUGGUGUUUUUGAUACAGCGCUCAUAAUGGCUCUCUUAGACCAGGUGUGGCUAAUAAAGUGGCCGCUGAGUACGUACUCAAGUACAAAGCAAAGGCUUGAAAAUUUUGAACCGUGGUGACAUUGGUGGCUUCGCCCUACUUGAGAAGUUCUCCCAUUGGAAUUGAAUGCCUUUAUCUCAGUGUGAGCAUCCAUCUUUCCAAAUGUCUUUUUAAUUUAGUAGUUAAGCCACUCCAUGAUGUCCCCCACCCCUCCACACACACACACACACACACACACACACACACACACAACACUUGGCAACCGGCACCCGGUGCGACGAGCCAAACAGUUUGCGUCUUUAUAACGAUUAAACAACCUUCCUUUAAACCUUGUGCACUGCAACACUGCUGAUCAAUUAGCGUGAUUUACUGUAGCAAGCCUGGACAUCGCCAAGGCGCGGUAAACACCGCCUUGAUGUCCUACUGUAGGGUAGACCUUCCUUCACAGCACCCAGGGGAUGACUUGUGGCAGAAUAAACAGCCAUUUGGACCAGCGUCUCUUCCUCCGCGGCGACUCUUUCCAUGGAAAUAAGCGGCUUGAAUCAACGCUCUGAUGACACGCGGCCAUCUGUUGUUGUGCUAAGUGUGUUAGGGCAUGAAGUGGGGAGGAAAAACACACAAUGGCUGAUUCCUUUUAAACACAAAGCAGAUACAAAUGCAUGCAGCACCACGCUCGCCGUCCCUAGAGUCGAGCCAUCCUGAAAUAGCAGAGCGGAGGCCUUUUCAGUUUUGGCUGAUCAAAUAAAUAAUAGACAAAAGGCAGAGGGAUAGUGACGGGAUGACAUGAAGCCAGCACGCCUUUUCUCUGACACAGCGUGGCGCACCUCUGAGGAACCUCUGAAUCCCUUCCAUUCAGCAGGAGAGGAACGAUAGAUUAAAACUGCAUGGCAGACGCUGCUAAAAAUGAAUAGGGCUAAAAAUACUCGCUUUUCAGUCAAGACAUGAAAGGAAGCUGCCUUUCCUCUGUCCGGUAUUGAGCAGCCAUUGAUUCGGAGACAAAGGCUACACCUCCUCAAAGAGGUAAGAAAAAUAGCAAUCAUACAGGCAAUUAUUUUCAAAUGCGCCUGCAGCGGCCGAUAAUGUCAGCGUGCCUUCUUUUCUUCCUAAAUAAAAAAAAAAGAGAGGGGGCGACAGCGGGCGCCGGAAGCUGCAGGCACGAAGACGAAUGAGCCUCGUCCGCCGGCGUGCUUUGGUUUUCAUCUGGCUAGCAUGACACGGUGCCCCCAUGCAGUGUGAGGCAGAGCCGGCCGGGCCUGCGGGACCAGUGCACACAAGAGUGGAUUGAAUAUUGAUUCCAUAUUCAGCUGAGCCAACAACAAGGAAAGACUAGUGGAUGGACAGCCAGUGGCCGUAGACAACAAUCAACGGGAGCUCCAUAGACUGGCACUGGAGGAGGAGAUCAAGACAAGCAGUGAGAGGGGAUAGAAAGAAAGAAAGUCGUCUGCUGGGCCGAAGCUUCCACCAGACUGAUCUACGCUUCUGUUGUGAAUCGCAGUCUUCGCUGGCAAGGCUUCAAAGCAAGGAGGGCCGGCCUGGAUGACCCCCUGCGAUUCAGACGUGCAGAGUCGACAAGGAGGGUGCUUUGCCUGCAGUUGAAUGUAGACAGAGAUAUGGACAGAAUCCACGGAAACGGUGUCAACACGCUUGACAUUGAAGUAAUAGAAGGCAAAUACAUGCUGUCUGGAGGUGCAGAUGGUGUGAUUGUCAUCUAUGACUUGGAAAACUUCAGCGGAAAACCACAGUACACUUGCAAAGCUGUCUGUACUAUUGGCAGGUCCAGCAAGUAUGUGCACAGAUUCAGUGUUGAGACAGUCCAGUGGUAUCCAUACGACACUGGCAUGUUUGUAUCCAGUUCCUUUGACAAGACAAUGAAAGUGUGGGACACUGAGACGCUCAAGCCUGCCGAAAUCUUUGAGUUUGAGGGCAACGUCUACACCCACCACCUUUCGCCGAUUGCCAGAAAGCACAGUCUCAUCGCAGUUGGCUCCCAAAACCCUAAAAUACAGCUAUGUGACCUGAAGUCCGGCUCAAAGAUCCAUGUCCUUCAAGGUCACAGAGCAGAGGUCCUGUCUGUGCGAUGGUCACCCAGAUACGAGCAUAUCUUGGCCUCUGCCAGUGCAGACAGUAAAGUGAAAGUGUGGGACGUGCGCCGGGCCUCAGGUAGUCUUCUUACGCUGGACCAACACAACGGAGACAAGUCCAGAGCCGCCUCCGAGGCAGUGAACACGGCCCACAAUGGCAGGGUAAACGGCCUGUGCUUCACAAGCGACGGCCUGUACCUCCUCACGUCUGGGACCGAUGACCGCAUGCGUCUAUGGAACAGCGCCACAGGGGAAAACACGCUGGUGAACUACGGGAAGGUCAGCAACCAGAGCAGUAAGAGGCGUCAGCUCACGGUGUCCCAAGGCUGCAGUCCUGAGUUUGCGUUCGUGCCCUGCGGCACCUCGGUCGCCGUGUACGCCCUCCACACGGGCGAGCUGGUCACCAUGCUCAGGGGCCACUACAACCAGGUGGACUGCUGCGAGUUCCACCCAGACUACCAGGAGCUGUACAGCGCAGGUAAAGAUGGGAACAUCCUGGCGUGGGUUCCAGUGCUGCGUGGCCCAGAUGUGGAGGAGGAGUCAAAUAAGGAUGCUCCCGGACACUCGUCCGUCAAUCCUGCCUUUCAGGACACGUGGAGUGAUGAAGACUGAGGAUGGCCUUUUCAAGUUUCACCUGUGAGAAAGGAGACUCUCAUGCACAUCAUUCCACAUGGACAUUUCCACUAAGUUUCAUUGAAAUUGGAAUACCUAUCCCGUACACGCCUUUUGUGAUGCGGUGAUGCUGACACAAGCAUAUUUCAGGGAUUACAUGAGUUGGAAGUGACAUUUUAGUGUUUGGACAAUGAGAGUGCUGUUAUGUACGUAUGCAUAUGUGACUGUCAGAGUCUUUUAUUAUGUGUUUUUUCUUGCGUGCUACCCGUAAUCCUCAAAACGGGGAGUGACCUUGCAUUGAAAAACAUACAUUGGGCUCAUUGUCAGUAUGGUACACAUCUGCAUGUGUGUUUAUGUUGAUGGGUCCUAUAUGUUGAAACUUGCAACUUGAGGAGUGAUACUGAAGCACCUCCCGUAUGGCCCUUUUUAACAUAUUGCCUUUUGUAACCAUGUCAGAAGUGGCCAAAGUGAGGUUUCACUCUCAUUUUUUUUUACCUUUUAUCACUGAAAUUAAGUUGCUGGUAAUCAUAAAAGUUGUGGAAACAGCACACUUAUGUCAUUCUAUGUGUUGUAUAAAUACAAUCAAGAGCCUCUUGAAUAUGUGUAUGUCAGUUUGCUUAAAUGACUGAAAUGAACUUAUAUAGUUAUCGUUAGUUUGACAAAAUUUUGUAAAAAUAGCCUUUCAGUGUCACUAGCCAAGUUAUGG